GCAGAAAACCCGACUUAUCAGAGAAAGUUGAUAACGAUUGUCGCGACGAUGGUUAUCUCCAGCUGAGGUUUUGGGGUUUUGUCGAUCCAGCUAACGCAAAGAAAGUCUGGCUGUACUGAAUUCCCUUCGUAGUAUAUCCCUCAGAGAGGGAGACACAUGUAGUGAUUCACUCUUUCCUAUUAAACGGAGGAACUGAAACGUCUGUUGGGCCUUCUGCAUUCAUUUCACAAAUCCUCCCGUCAUAGCCCUCCUCUGAGUCUCACCGCUCUGUGUUUUUGUGUGUUUGUGUGUGUGCAACAAACACAGCAUUAGACAAAGGCAACAGUCCACUUUACUUCUCAUUACUCACGUAGCACCAGGAAUGGAUAAGAAGUCUUGUCCUGAGGGAGAAAAGUUUGACAACUUAGUCAACGCGUGUGUGGCCAGCAAGUCACUAAUGAGAUCUAACCCUGAUCCACCAAAAGAGCCGCCCCUGACUGUCGUGAACCAGCUCAAAGCCAUAAACACCACUGUCAAGCCCACCUCAAUGGUGGUGCUGAGUCCGACUCUGUGGAUUUCUGUGGUCCUGGUGGGGUCCAUCUUGGCUUUGACGGUUUGGUUUAUCAUAUACAAACGACAGACCAGACGCGGCAGCACCUCCGAGGAUGGCAUGCCAAGACAGGAACUUCUUCAGAAAGUGCAGCCAGCUGCCAAACUGCACCCUCUGCCCUCAGAAAGAAACGGUCAAGCUGAGAUAUUUCAGAGAGCGGCGGAGGCCCCAUCACCCUGCUUUCACGUGCACUCUGGGAGCCAAACGGGCUCAGAGUGGGAGAAUGGCUUCACAGCUUGCAGGGACCUCAUGAUGCGUGGUGGAACAGAGGUGGGCGGAGGCUUGCCUGCAUGCAGCACAAUGGCGGAGCACAGGAUCCCACUUCCUGCCACAGAGCUGGGUGGCACUGCUUUAGUUACAACUAAAACCAUGUAAGGCUGCAGGUGUGUGGUCGUACUCUUUAAGCACGCUGUGGGGAAACACAUUUGUUUGCUUACUAACAUUGUGGCCACACGUCUUCAUUUUGGGGACAAAAAGCAAGUCGUCAUAACUUCAUUAAGCCUUAGAGUGAAGACUUGGCUUCUGGUUGGGGUACAGCUUUCAUGAGUACUGAGAGGGUAAGUCUCCAUGAAACGUCAGGUCGAAGUAAUAUUCUCUAAAGAGAUGAAAACACAACUGUGUUUUUAAAACCUUAUAUUCACUGCAUUUAUUCUGCACGUUGUACUCAGUAUACUGAGAUUUCUUUGUUUCUACCAUGUUUUUAUGGGUUUUUUUAAAAUAAGAUUACGAUUUUCUACAGCUGUUUUUAUUCCUCUGCACUGCUUGUGUGAAAAAAGUGUACCAGGUGACUGUGUAUAGUUUGUUGUUUUUGCUGUUGUACAGGAAAAGUACAGGAAUUGCUUUGAAUCUUGUGCCCGUAUUUCAAACAUGUUUUAAUAAAACAAACUAAAAAUCAA